CCAGCUGCAGGCCACGGCGCUCUCCGUACAUCCCUCCAAAUGCAUUCCCACUGGCCUUUUUUUUGAGGAUCGCUCUCGGCGGUCCGCACAGACACCCCUCUUCUUACCCCCCCCAAUUCACGGCAAUGAGCUCCGGCAACGCGUCCUACCGAUGCUCCAUGUCGUCCUCCGCCGAUUUCUCCGACGAGGAGGACUUCAGCCAGAGGUCGGGGACGGUGUCGCCGGCGCCGGGGGACACGCUGCCCUGGAACCUACCCAAACAUGAGCGGUCCAAGCGGAAGAUCCAGGGCGGCUCCGUGCUUGACCCCGCCGAGAGGGCCGUGCUGCGCAUCGCCGAUGAGCGGGACAAAGUACAGAAGAAGACCUUCACAAAAUGGAUAAAUCAGCAUCUCAUGAAGGUUCGAAAGCAUGUGAAUGACCUAUAUGAAGACCUAAGAGAUGGACAUAACUUGAUCUCACUUUUAGAAGUUCUUUCUGGAGACACCUUGCCCCGAGAAAAAGGUCGGAUGCGUUUUCACAGACUGCAGAACGUCCAAAUUGCACUUGACUAUUUGAAAAAACGCCAGGUGAAACUGGUUAACAUUAGAAAUGACGACAUAACAGAUGGGAAUCCCAAAUUGACUUUGGGGUUGAUAUGGACCAUAAUUUUGCACUUUCAGAUAUCUGAUAUCCAUGUUACUGGAGAGUCUGAGGACAUGUCUGCUAAAGAGAGGCUGCUUCUGUGGUCGCAGCAGACAACCGAGGGUUAUGCUGGAAUACGUUGUGAAAAUUUCACUACUUGCUGGCGUGAUGGAAGGUUAUUUAAUGCCAUCAUUCAUAAAUACAGGCCGGACCUGAUAGACAUGAAUACCGUUGCUGUUCAAAGCAACCAUGCAAAUUUAGAACAUGCUUUUUUUGUAGCAGAAAAACUUGGUGUUGCCAGACUUCUGGAUCCUGAAGAUGUUGAUGUUUCCUCACCUGAUGAAAAGUCAGUAAUAACUUAUGUGUCAUCACUUUAUGAUGCAUUUCCCAAAGUACCAGAGGGUGGUGAAGGCAUCAGUGCAAAUGAUGUUGAAGUCAAAUGGGUUGAAUAUCAGAAUAUGGUGAACUACCUCAUGCAGUGGAUCAGACACCAUGUCACAAUAAUGUCUGACAGAACGUUUCCAAACAAUCCUGUGGAAUUGAAGGCACUUUAUAACCAAUAUUUACAGUUUAAAGAAGCAGAAAUUCCACCAAAAGAGACAGAUAAAUCAAAAAUUAAACGUUUAUAUAAACUGCUAGAGGUUUGGAUAGAAUUUGGACGCAUAAAACUUCCUCAAGGCUACCAUCCAAAUGAUAUAGAAAAAGAAUGGGGAAAGCUUAUUAUUGCCAUGCUGGAAAGAGAGAAGACCCUUCGUCCUGAAGUGGAGAGGUUGGAAAUGCUGCAGCAGAUUGCAAACAGAAUUCAACGGGACAGCCGGAGCUGUGAGGACAAACUCAUACUCGCCCGGAACGCUCUGCACUCUGAUGCCAAGCGAUUAGAGUCUGGGCUUCAGUUCCAACAUGAAGCAGAGAUAGCUGGGUAUCUUCUUGAAUCUGAGAACCUUCUUCGCCAGCAAGUGAUUGAUGCCCAAAUUCUUAUUGAUGGAAAGUACUAUCAGGCAGACCAGCUUGUGCAAAGAGUUGCAAAACUUCGUGAUGAACUGAUGGCUGUACGGACUGAAUGUUCCUCCGUGUACAGCAAAGGACAUGCACUGACAACAGAGCAGACAAAGCUGAUGAUAUCAGGAAUAACAGAAAGCUUAAACUCAGGAUUUACAACAAACUUAACCCCCGAACUAAGUGCUGCAAUGACCCAGGGUUUAACACCUACUUUGACUUCUUCCAGCUUGACAUCUGGCCUUUCAUCAGGUCUUACUUCCAGACUGACACCUAGCAUCACUCCUGCUUACACACCAGGCAUCCCACCACGGUUAAUCCAAAGCUAUGUGACGGGCGUAGACAGUGGGGCUCUACAAACACUCAAACUGAUGCAAAUCAGAAAGCCUCUUAUGAAAUCAGCUUUUGUGGAUCAGAAUUUAACGGAAGAAGAGGUGAACAUGAAAUUUGUCCAGGACCUGUUGAACUGGGUAGAAGAAAUGCAGGUGCAACUCGAUCGAGCAGAAUGGGGUUCAGAUUUACCAAGUGUUGAAAGCCAUUUAGAAAAUCACAAAAAUGUCCACAAAGCUAUUGAGGAAUUUGAAUCCAGCCUUAAAGAAGCUAAAAUCAGUGAGAUCCAAAUGACCGCUCCUCUUAAACUCAGUUAUGCAGAAAAAUUGCACAAACUGGAGAGUCAGUAUUCAAAACUCUUGAACACAUCAAGAAAUCAGGAAAGGCAUCUAGAUACUCUUCACAAUUUUGUAUCUCGUGCUACUAGAGAGCUGAUCUGGCUGAAUGAAAAGGAAGAAGAAGAGGUUGCGUAUGACUGGAGUGAAAGAAACCCCAAUAUAACAAGAAAAAAAGAAUAUCAUGCAGAAUUAAUGAGAGAACUUGAUCAGAAAGAAGAAGUUAUUAAAUCAGUACAAGAAAUAGCUGAGCAAUUGCUUCUUGAAAAUCAUCCAGCCCGACUAACCAUUGAGGCCUAUAGAGCUGCAAUGCAGACACAAUGGAGCUGGAUUCUUCAGCUCUGUCACUGUGUUGAACAACAUUUGAGAGAAAAUGCUGCAUAUUUUGAGUUUUUCAGUGACGCCAAAGAAGCCAUGGAAUACUUAAAGAAUUUGAAAGAUACCAUAUACCGAAAAUACAGUUGUGAUAGAUCGAGCAGCCUUCAUAGGCUGGAAGACCUUGUCCAGGAGUCUAUGGAAGAAAAAGAACAACUCUUGCAGUAUAAGAGCACAGUAGCAGGCCUUGUGGGGAGAGCAAAGGCAAUAAUUCAGCUGAAGCCAAGGAACCCUGACUGUAUACUCAAAACAUCCAUCCCAAUUAAAGCCAUCUGUGACUAUAGGCAAAUCGAGAUAACUAUUUACAAAGAUGAUGAAUGUGUAUUAGCAAACAACUCCCAUCGUGGUAAAUGGAAAGUCAUUAGCCCAAGUGGUAAUGAGGCCAUGGUUCCAUCUGUAUGCUUUACAGUCCCUCCACCAAACAAAGAAGCAAUAGAUACAGCCAACAGGAUUGAACAGCAAUUUCAGAAUGUUCUGGCUCUUUGGCAUGAGUCACAUGUAAACAUGAAGAGUGUGGUGUCCUGGCAUUACCUGACAAAUGAAAUUGAAGCUGUUCGAGCUGGCAAUGUUGCCUCGAUAAAGACAAUGCUGCCAGGUGAACAUCAACAGGUUCUAAGCAACUUGCAGUCCCGAUUUGAUGACUUUGUGGAAGAUAGCCAGGAGUCCAAAAUCUUCACAAGCUCUGAUACAGCACAGCUGGAAAGAGAUGUUGAUGUUUGCAAACAAUACUAUCAAGAGCUUCUGAAAUCUGCAGAAAGAGAGGAGCAGGAAGAAUCUAUUUACAAUUUGUACAUCUCUGAAGUCAGAAAUAUCAGACUACAGUUGGAGAGUUGUGAGGAGCGGUUAAUACGGCAGAUCCGAACCCCAAUGGAAAGGGAUGAUGUACAUGAAAGUAUGUUAAGGAUAUCAGAGCAAGAGAAACUGAAGAAAGAACUGGAUCGACUGAAAGAUGAUUUGGGAGUCAUCACAGACAAAUGUGAAGAAUUUUUCAGUCAAGCUGCUGGUUCACCUUCAGUCCCCACUCUGCGCUCUGAGCUCAAUGUUGUUAUUCAGAACAUGAACCAAGUUUAUUCCAUGUCUUCUAUCUACAUAGAUAAAUUAAAAACUGUAAAUUUGGUGCUGAAGAACACCCAAGGAGCAGAAACAUUAGUAAAACUCUAUGAAACUAAGUUGUGUGAAGAAGAGGCAGUAACAGCUGACAAAACCAAUAUUGAAAAUCUGAUGGGGACCUUAAAGCAAUGGAGAUCUGAAGUAGAUGAGAAGAGACGUGUGUUCCAUGCCUUAGAGGAUGAACUGCAGAAGGCAAAGAUGAUCAGUGAUCAGAUGUUUAAAAUGCACAAGGAACGUGAUCUUGACUUUGACUGGUAUAAAGAAAAAGUUGAUCAGUUAGCCGAGAGGUGGCAAAACAUUCAUUCUCAAAUUGAAAAUAGGUUGCGUGACUUAGAAGGUAUUAAUAAAUCUCUGAAGUAUUACAAAGAUACUUACAAUUCUUUGGACACUUGGAUUCAACAAGUGGAAGAUACUCAGCAAAAGAUUCAAGAACUCCAUCCAGAAAACAGCAAAGCAUUGGCUAAACAGCUGAACCAACAUAAGAUGCUGAUUUCUGAGAUUGAAAUGAAACAAAGCAAAAUAGAUGAAUGCCAGAAGUAUUCAGAACAAUACUCAUCUGCAGUGAAGGACUAUGAGUUGCAGACUAUGACCUACAGAGCUAUGGUUGACUCCCAACAAAAGUCUCCGGUGAAGCGCCGAAGAAUGCAAAGCUCAUCAGACUUCAUUAUUCAAGAGUUCAUGGAUUUACGGACUCGUUACACUGCCUUAGUGACCUUGAUGACCCAAUACAUUAAGUUUGCAGGUGACUCUCUGAAAAGACUGGAAGAGGAAGAGAGCUUACCAGAAGAGAGUGAACUCCAGCAACCUGUGAAGUCAGCUGAAGUCUUUCAACGUUUGGGAUGUAAUGAAGCUGUUGAAUUCAGAGAGGAAAACACACCUAACGAAAACCUGGUGGAAUAUUUGCAAAAAGAUAACUCUUUCAGUAAACCCAAACACACCAAAAAUAAAUUGGAGAUUGCCAGAAGAAAAUUACACAUAGAUAGAUAUGACACAAUUAAAACUGAUGGAACACUAAAGCAAUUCUUAAAUUUCAGUGGUCAAGAAAGUAGCAUUUGUGGCAACAGAGAAAAUAAGGAACAUACAGAGCAAGAUAAUUUAAUGGGGUUUGGUAACCAAAGUAAAGAAGAAGGAAAUGCCAAAAAAGAUAGCUUUGUUUCAGCUGGGAUCUGUGAAUGUGGAACUAAUGAUCCUGGUGAUAUGUUAAAUGAGCAAAUUGUCAAUGGAGAGACACAGAAAACAGAGGGAGUAUCAAAGAAGUUGCCUAAAGUGGAAAGGAUACACCAAACCACAGGAAAAAAAAAAUCAAGAAAGGCAGGGAGUGAUGUUUCAACAAAAGAAGAAUGUGAGAUGCAAUUGGAAACUGAUUUUGAGCUAACAAUGAAGAAAGAAAUUACUCCAAAAACUGGAAAGCGUGCCCUGAAUAUCAACCCUGAAUAUCAGUGCCCUGAAUAUCAGUGGCAACAUUUUUUACCAAGAACUCAUUAUGCAGGUCAGCAUGAAGAACAUUGCUUUACAGGAAGUGGUAUCCAUAAUACUUUAAACUCUGAAGACAGAGAGUUUCAAAUGUGUGGUGAAAAAGGUGACUCUCUCUCAGGUGUAAAGGCUUCAAUACCUUUGGUGGAAGGUGCAUCAUUUUCCAGAGAGCUGGCAGCACACAAUGAAAGUGAAAAAACAAAGCUAAAUUUGCAGUAUGUGAGCAAUCCAGGCAUUUCUGGUAGUGUUGAAAGGGAUAAGAACAAACUGCACAGAGCAUCUCUGAAUGAAAGUUACUUUACAGCAGGAAAGGAAAUCAUAGAAAAAUCAAAUUUAAGUCUAAAUGAGAUCAAGGGUACAAUGCAAGAAAGUGUAUCUAUUUCUUCAGGAAAUAUUUCAGAGAAUCAUUAUGCAUCCAAAGAAUCUGAAUCUGAUCCAUUAGGCUUUGAAAUGUCACCUGUGGAGAGUGAUCCAGCUUUAGGCACAGAAUUGUUAGGAGAUGCCAGUGAUUUAAAUGCAAAAAAAGCCCUCUCAGACAUUAUUUCUGGAGAGGAUUAUUUUCAGUUAUCAGAACUGGAUUAUGGAUUAACAAAAAGCCAUUUGAGUCACAAGGAGAAAGUAAGUGAGAAGAAAAUAUUACAGGGUAAAGUUCAUGGUUUAGAAAAUAUAAAUAUAAGCAGGGAGAAGCGGAGUGGAGAAGGCAAGUUAGAACAGGGUUUGUUGCUAGUUGCAGAAACGGAUAGUAGAGAUAAGGGUCAUAGCACAAAAGUACCUGGAAAAAACACUCAACUCCAGAAAACAUUCUGUGAAAAAACAGGGGAAAAAGCCUCACUUGAAAAGAAACAGAAGAAAAAAGAUAGAGGCAAUGAUAAUGAAGAGAAAAGCAGCACAGCUCUUAUUAAGAAAUUAAUGGAAGAGGAAAAGAAGGAACAUGUUGAGAAAGCUGGGGAUUUACUGAAAUGGGUGUCAAACCUCAGCAAGACACUCAGCAAAGAAGAAGGAGAAAAGACUGAAAAGACAGAUUUGCCUAAACAGCAGAUUUCUCUGGAUGAAGUGUCAACCAAGAAAGAACAAAUAGCUGAAGCUCUGCAGACCACUCAGUCAUUUUUAGCUAAGCACAGUGACAAAUUGACAGAAGAGGAGAGAAAUGAAAUGGAAAAGCAAGUCAGAUCCCUCCAGGAGAGCUACAGCUUGUUAUCCAGUGAAGCUUUAAAGCAAGUGCAGGAAGCACAAGGUCUGAGUGAUGAAAAGACAGAAGAAAAGGUGACUAAAGUCAUUGCUGGUGUUAUUGCCCAAACGACUGGAGAAGUCCUUUCAGUCUUUCAGUCUAUUUUAAAAGGUUUUAUUGACUAUGACACUGGAAUUAGAUUGCUUGAGAAUCAGCUGAUCCUUUCUGGAAUAAUUUCUCCAGAAUUAGGAGUAUGUUGUGAUUUGGAAGAAGCUAAGGCUCAUACCUUAAUUGAUGAGCAGAUUCAGUUGCAAUUGCAGGAAUUAAGUAAUGCAAAGAAGCUUAUUUCAGAAUCAUCAUUACCAAAUCUUCCAGUUGUAUCGGCUUUAGAACAAGGUCUAAUUUCAGAACCUUUGGCUAUUAAAAUUCUUGAGAAUCAGCUUUCAAGUGGGCACUUGAUUUUGCCAUCUACUGGAGAAAAUCUGACUUUGCAGAAUGCUUUCCAGAGAAACCUGAUUUCUCCAACCUUAUAUAGAAAGCUUCUGGAAAGACAAGACACAUGUAAAGAUCUCAUAGACCCCAACUGUGCUGAGAAGAUUUCCCUUGAGCAGAUGGUUCGUAGAAGCAUAAUACAUGAAGAAACAGGGUUAAGACUCUUACCUGUGAAACCACAAGAAAGAGGUAGACUCACACUCAAAUGUGGAAGGAAGAUAACUAUUUUUAGGGCAGCCCAUGAAGGGCUCAUUGACUGGGAAACAAUGUUCAGGCUACUGGGUGCUCAGUUAAUGUCUGGAGGUAUAACUGACCCUGACUCAGGAAAGCGAAUGACUGUGGAAGAAGCCAUGAGACAAGGGUUGAUAGAUCAGGACACUGCUUGUGGGAUCCUCACACAUCAGGUUCAGACCGGUGGAAUCCUUUGUCCAAAUUCAGGACAACGCUUGACUGUUGAUGAAGCUGUACAGUGCAACUUAAUAUCAUCUACCAGUGCAUUGCUGGUACUGGAAGCACAAAGAGGCUUUGUUGGACUAAUUUGGCCUCACACUGGUGAAAUAUUCCCCAUAUCAACUUCUUUGCACCAAGAGAUGAUAACAAAUGAGAUGGCGUUUAAAAUACUAAAUGAUAGACAGAAAAUAGCUGCGCUUUACAUUCCAGAAACCUGUGAAAUACUUAGUCUAGAUGAGGCUGCACGAUCAGGGAUAAUAGACAUCAAUUCUGUAUCUGUUUUAACCAAUGUGACUUUACCAGAUAAAAUGCCCAGUGUAGGAGAAUUAGAGUCCCCUUGUAAAAAUGUGGCAAAAUGGUUGUCAACAUAUGAAUUCCUGCCAUCUGUAUUUCAUGACUGUGAGGAGGGACAUGAAGAUUCUGGCACAGAAGACCCUGUGUGUCAUAAGUCAGAUCAAGUUAAGAAAUUAUUCAUAUCUUAUCUGAUGGUAAAUAGUUACAUGGAUGCAAACACUGGAGGAAGACUUCUGUUGUAUGAUGGACAACUGCAGGAAGCCAUCAAUAUGUUGCUGCAAGAUGAUGGUGCUACAUACGAUGCUGAUGUGUCAGAAAAGGAGUUUGAAAACAGAUACAUAAGCUCAAAAGGAAUUAACUUAAAGUCAUCUGGCAGCGUCUGCUUUAAUAAUGCCACAGGCAGUGUUCAGGGUGAUCUUUCAAGUGCUGAGAAUACUUCCAGUGACAAGAAAUUAAAUCAGCUGGAAGAUUUUGGGAGCUGCUUAUCUUUACAGGGAGAAGAUCUCCAUGUGUGUAGACCAGAUGUUUGUGAUGCUAUUGGUACUGAGCAUUCAGAAUAUACACAGGAGAUGCUGUUAACUAACUCUACAGAACUUAGAAAUAUAGUAAGUAGCACUCAAAAUUCCAUGAACAGAAAUGGACUCAAAGGUCUUCAGGAGGUUACUGAAUGGACAGAACUACCUAAGCAUAACAGUCAGAAGGCAAGUGCAGGAAAUGUUGAAUGGCAUUUUCCAAAUGACUCAAAUCCAAAUCUUAUUUCAGAAACAGAGAAAAAAGAAAUUUAUAUGGGUAAUGAAAACAGGAAUGAUAAAACCUUUCAAAAUUCCUUGAGUGUGAAUGAUUUUUCAGAUAAUGAAACCUGGAAAGAGCUGGAAAGGUGCACAAAAUACGAGCCUCACAUAUUUCAAGUUGAUAAUAACGGAAUGGUAUUGGAUAAGAGCAAGAAAGAUGAUUUUCAGAAAAGUCUUGAUUUAUCAAUCAAUGCAAAUACUGAGUAUAAACUUCGAGAAGAGUUGAUUAGUCAAUGUGGUGAUACACUACAGUUUGAAGACAAUGAAUAUAGUGAACAACCUCUACAGCAUUACACUGAUGUACUUAACAGGCCAUCCCUAGAGGAGUAUUAUGUAUAUGGCAGACCAUCCUUGGAGAGUAGUACUGAUUUGCAGAGUAAGCCGUAUCUAGAAGACAGUGGAGACAUGCUCUGUAGGCUUUCGUUGGAUGGCAACACUGUUACACGUGAUGAACCACUUGUGGAUGACAGUAACAGCACAGCACAAAUGCUAACACUAGAAGAAAGCAGUCUCACAUUCAGCAAGUUACUGCCAUGUGAUAGUAGUUCUGACUCAUCAGCUGAAGGGAGUGAUAGCGUCCCACAGUUUGGAAGUAACUGCUUGCAGCAUGAAUUUGGUGAGGUAGCCUCUGAAGAUGACAGCUCUGAGUUUGAUGAUGAUGAUGAUGAUGCCUAUGAAACACCUCAGGUUGAUGAUGAUGACAGUGAUGUCUAUGAUACUCCACAAAUCGAUGAUGAUUCCUGCGACACUUCUCAAGGUGAUGAUGGUUUUGAUUCCUUGCAGUUGGGGGAUGAUGAUACACAAGAGCCAGAAUCGUCUGGAACAUCAGUUCCGUUAGGUUUUCUAGAGGAGAGAGGUGGUCUAGUGCACCUGAGAGAAGAGACCAUCUCUUUUCAAGAACUGACAACUAAUGCUGGAGAGAGUGUCCAUGUAAGUCUGACAGGACUCCCUGAGAGUGUAAAUACAGCUUCUGAAAGUGCUGAAACUAUAGAAGGAAGCCCUAAGGAGAAAAGGGAAAGAACAGCGAGCUUUGGAGAGAAGGAGCAAAAGUUACCAAUUACUCUGGAGAGAGAAGGAAGAAAGGAGGGAGAACUUAGUUCUUUAUCAAAGAUGUAUGAAGCAGAAGUACGUGACAGAAAUGAGGAUGAUGAAAUGAAAGUGGAAAGUGACUCCUGUGAGGAAGAGUCUGAAAGUACACAGGAACAGGAAGACUCUGGGGAAGAAUAUGAUAGUUAUGAUGACUCUGAUACUGAUAGUGAUGAAGACAUGGAUAGUUUUUUUUCACAUCAUCAAUGUACAAACAAAGGUGACCAGCUGUUAAUUUCCUUAGGAGACACAGUAAAUAGUGAUGAAAAUAAUCAGAAUAGUGAUGACUGUUUCCGUUCUUCAGGCCACAAGACGGGAUCUAGUUUGCAAUUCCAGUCUAACUAUGAAAAUGGAAAACUGUCCUCAGGAAAAUAUGUCUCUGCAUCAGAUGUUUCUGAGGAAAGAUGUGUCGGUCUUACAUGUACAAAUGAAGAGGACAGACAGCAGGAAACAGAAGAUGAAUAUGGGGCUCGUGUCAAAAAUAAACACUUGUCACAAGAGACUGCUGAGCCUGCUCAGUCUGAAAAUACUUUUAAUGCUGAAGGGAUGUCAUGUAAGAGUGAAGAAAAUAAUAAAAGACAGCUUAACGUUCCAGGUUCUCAGCUUCUUGAUAAUUCUAUGACAUCUCAUGUCAGUGUAACAGCCUUCCUAAUUGCAAAGCAAGCUACUGAUGAUGAAGGUACUCAGACAGGUGAGCCAAGACAGAGAGAAUCAGUAUUUGCAGAAGAAAAAGUAUUAAAUGAUAUGGCUAGUAUGGAUCAACUAAAGGAAAGUUCACCCCAAAUGGACAAUAAAUUCUUCUUGGAUAUGCCUUCUGUGAGUGAUGGUGAUAGUUCAGUUGGUGACAAAGUACAUGCAGUCACCAGUUGGAAGCAUGAUCAAAUAGGAGGAGGUUUUGAAAUUCUUACAGAAAAUAAAAAUAGAGUAAACGUUGUGGAGAAACGUGAUACCAUGGGGCUGAAUAAAAGUCCCAUUCAGAUGGAAAGCCUUGGGGAAAUAUUUGAUGCAUCAAUAGCUAAAGCUGAUAGAGAAACUCCUGUUUUGAGUAAAGAAAAAGUAAAUGUUGAUCAAAGUGUGCUUGACAUCGGAGAUGGUGUGAAAUCAGAUGAAUUUAAGAGAGAUUUUAACACCUCUCCUUCUUUAAAACAAUACACAACAGACAUGAAAGGAGGUGGCCAUUCAGAACUGAAUAAAAAUGAAUCCUGUUCCUUUGAGGAGAAGGAAAAAGAAGAAAAGGGUAUACAGAAUGAAAACAAUUUUCUGCUAAACACAGAAGUACAUUCAAGUGAAUUUAUCACUUACUCUUUUCCUCCAACUGUUACAGUGAAACCAGAGGAAAUUGGCAUAACUGAAGAAUCAGGGAGAGUUAUUGGUCAAAAUACUGACAGAGUUCUUAAAGACGUUUCAGAAAACAAGAGCAGCAAUGAUAGCGUGUUUUCCCCAAUAAAAGCAGAUGCUUUAGAAAGUAUUGAGGAUGCCAAAGAAUCAGGAGGUGGAUGUGAAGUGCUGCCUUCUGGGAGUCAUAACCAUACCACUGACGUUUCUUCUGCAGUUCUGAGCAGCUUACGGGCUGACUUGAAUUAUGCCCAGAAAGAAUGUGAGAUGCUGAACAAAACAAAGGGAGAAAAUUUCAUAGCCAGGGAGACUUCCUCCCUUGAAAAUGGUUUCAAAAAACAAAUGUCCGUGGAGUCAUUGCAAAAGGAAAUGGAACCCUGCGAAGACUUUCAAGUAAAGGAAAGUAUUUUGCAAUCACCAGAAAUGUCUGACACACUCAUGAAUGACUUAAAGAAUAUAUUACAAAGGAAGUUGAAAAUGGAACAUGUUUACUGCAAGCAGGAAGGUGAACCCCUAACUUACUCUGAUACCAAAAAUUUAAUGCAAAAUUUGCUUUCAAUGGUUGAAAGCACCCAGCUUGGGAGUGACACAUCUAGUGGGUCAAACCUCAAGCAAUUAAGCAAUGCUGUUGCAACUGCAUUGAUGAUUACCCCACCAUGUACAGAGCCAAAGGACAGUGAUGCUCUUUCAUUGCUUUGGCCUGAUGGCCAAAGUCCUGAUCUUCUUCGCGAUAUUCUGAAGCAGCAGUUCUGGAAGCAAAAGAUGGCUGAUCCAGAUGACAGGAAGAGUGAAACAGACAUGAAGACACCUAAUCCAAAACUUACUACUUCUGAACUUCUGGAGAGUUUUCAUACUUCAGCUGGAGAUAAAGGUACAAACAAGUUAGAGGAGCUGAUAAGGGCUUUGCUUAUGAGCUCACAGGUUACUGGUAUCACCAUGGAACAUGAUGCUAAAGGAAAAGUAGAUGGACUUUGUACUCUUUUCUCAACAGAACAAUCAGAGUCAGAAAUUGAUAAAGAGAAAACAUUGGCAGAAAACACAGCUGUUUCAUGGAAAAGUGACCAGCAGCAUGGGAGGACAGACAAUCUGUCAAAAGGCUUUACUGAGCCUGUUUUCACAACAAAAGAAGCAGUCUUGGAAGACGUCCCUAGUAGCUUGGUCAAUGAAGUACAGCAGUGUUUAAAGCUGACAGAGAAAAUGCAAGGGCAUUUAGCAGUGCUUCAGGGUAUGAAAAGCCACCUAGAUAACCAGCUGCCUAUUAGUAACAACCUGGAAAUACUAAAAGAUGAACUGGAACAGCUAGAGUCAUUUGAAUCAGGACUGGCUACCUUUGCAAUUAUCCUGAAAAAGGACAUGAAGUUGACAGAAGAGUUUUUAAAGUUUUGUAACAGGGAUAUUCCUGAAGAGAAGCUCAACGAGCUAAGGAUAAGCUAUGACUCUUUGCAGGAAGCGUUUUUGAUGGUCUGUGAUACAUCUUCGAAACGAGCAAAACAAAUAGUCUGUGCAGUUGACUCAGAAAUGUCUAAGCUUGCAGUACUGCACCAGCAACUUUUAAGCAAGCUACAGACAUUUUCCAACUGGAUAACAGAAAACAGUAACAUCAUGAAUGACUUCACAGUGAAUAAUAGUGAUAUAGAAGAGCUGAAGAAAAGUUUACAACUAUUUAAAAACAGAGCUGCAGAGCUCAGCUGUAAAAAAAUGCAACUGGAGUCCACUGCAUUUGAUGUUCAGUUCUUCAUUUCUGAACACGCGCAAGAUCUUUCUCCUAAUCAGAGUAAACAGCUGCUGAGGCUCUUAAAUACGACCCAGAAAACUUUUCAGGAAGUAAAGGAAGCAAUAACAUCUCAAAUGGAAAGUUUAGAAACUCAGAUACAAGCAGCUCAAGAGCUGGGUGAUCAGAAGGAUGUGGCUGAACGGCAGCAGGAGUGCAAAGAGAAGCUGCAGGAAAUCUGUGAUUUGCUUACACAGACUGAAAAUCGACUCAUCGGACGGCAAGAGUCUCUUGUUAUUGGAGACAGUAAGGCUGAGCUACAACAAUACCAGACCAAACAGGAGGAGAUACAAAAAGACAUGAGAAUGAGUGCCCAGACACUGGCAGAAGUUGUGAAAAAUACUGAAACCUUCCUGAAAGAGAAUGGAGAAAAGUUGUCACAAGAAGACAAGACUGUUCUUGAACAGAAACUGAAUGAAGCUAAGACAAAAUGUUUACUCCUUAGCCAGAAAGCAGAAGAGUCCAAAAAAGAACUGGAUAAAGCUAUGACAACAGCAAUUAAGCAGGAAACAGAAAAGGUUGCAGCCAUAGAGCAGCUGGAAGAAAGUAAAAAUACAGUAGAAAAUCUCUUGGAUUGGUUAUCGAAUGUGGAUAAAGAAGCAGAGCAUGGCCGGAAAUUUAAGCAGGUGAUAGAACAGAAUGGAACGCACUUUGAAGAGGGAGAUGUGAAGGCUUUGGAAGGAGAGGAGGAUGAUGUCAAUGGUAAUCUGCUGGACAUUCAGCAAGACAUUGAAACUCAGGUGGAUGGACUAGUAAAAAGCACAGAAGAUAAUUUGAACCAGCAGUAUCAGAAAGUGAAGGCUCAACAUGAUAAAAUUAUUUCACAGCAGCAGGCUGUCAUCAUAGCAACUCAGUCUGCUCAGUCACUGCUUGAGAAACAGGGGCACUACCUUUCCCCUGAAGAAAAAGAUAAGAUGCAAAGGAACAUGAAAGAGCUAAAGGCUCAGUACGAGACAGCUUUAGCUGAGUCAGAAAGGAAAAUGAAAUUGACUCAUUCCCUAAGAGAAGAACUUGAGAAAUUUGAUGCAGACUAUAGCGAAUUUGAAAACUGGCUUCAGCAAGCAGAACAAGAACUUGACAAUUUGGAGGCAGGUGCUUCUGACUUCAGUGGUAUUAUGGUGAAACUGAAAAGGCAGAAGAGUUUUUCAGAAGAUGUUAUAUCUCACAAAGGUGAUUUACGAUAUAUUACAAUUUCUGGACAAAGAGUUUUAGAUGCUGCAAGGUCAUGUAGCAAAAGAGAUGGUGUGAAGGUUGACAAAGAUGGUAUCGAUACUUCGUCUACUUCUGCUGAAGUGCAAAAUAAAUUGGAUAGUGCUUCAGAUCGUUUCAAAUCUCUCUAUACUAAGUGUAGCAUCCUUGGAAAUAACCUUAAAGACUUGGUGGAUAAAUACCAGCAUUAUGAAGACACUUCAUCUGGACUUUUGGCAGGUCUCAAGGCCUCUGAAAUAACUGUGAACAAACAACUAUCAGAGCCAAUUGCAGUGGAUCCCAAAAAUCUCCAAAGACAACUAGAAGAAACCAAGGUUCUUCAGGGACAAGUGUCUAACCACCAAAUUGCUGUAGAAAAACUGAAAAAAUCUGCUGAGGUGUUAUUGGAUACGAGGGGAGAGUUGACACCAGACAAAGAUGAGAUUCAGAAAACACUGGAUGAUAUUGUGGAGAGAUACGACAAUUUAUCCAAGUCUGUGAAUGAAAGGAAUGAGAAGCUCCAAAUAACUCUGACACGAUCCCUAAGCGUGCAGGAUGGUUUGGAUGAAAUGCUGGAUUGGAUGGAAAGAGUUGAAAAGAGCCUUGAAGAACAAGACCAAGUGCCUUUGAAUUCUGCUGCUAUUCAGGAUAUUAUUAGUAAAAGCAUUAUGCUAGAGCAAGAUAUCGUGGGUCGUCAAAGCAGUAUAAACACCAUGAAUGAAAAAGUGAAGAAGUUCACAGAAACAGCAGAUCCUUCCACUGCAUCCACACUGAAAGCUAAAAUGAGUGAACUUGCAGGACGGUUUUCUGAAGCAAGUAACAAACAUAAAGAAAAGCUUAUGAAAAUGGAAGAGUUAAAGACUAAAGUGGAGUUAUUUGAAGAUCUGUCAGAAAAGCUUCAGUCAUUUCUGGAUGAGAAAAACCAGGCGCUCAGUGAGACAGAGGCACCAAGAAAGGAUGUCAGUGAAGUGUCUCAAUAUAUGCAGGAAGCAAGUGUGGAAUUGGCGCAACAUAAGAAGGAUCUGGAAGUUUUGCAGCAGCUUCUUGAAGAACUUUCAUUCCAUGCUCUUCCUGCAGAUAAAGCGUUGGUAUUAGAGAAAGUAAACGCUUUAUCAAAGAAAUUCAGAGAGGUAGAGGAGACUGUAAAGGAAAAAGAAGAGGAUGUAUCAUCUUGCCAGAAACAAAUGGAUACCUUUGAGCUACUUGUAGAAUCAUUAAAGAAAUGGAUAAAAGAGAUGACAGAACGAAUUCCAGCAGCACAACCCUCUCUGAAUACAGAGGAGUUAAAGAAACCUUUGGAAGACACGUUGAACUUAAAAGAUGAAUGGACAUUAAAAGCACCAGAACUGCAGAAAAUGAAUAGCAGAGGAACAUUGCUGUGUAAUCUAAUUACUGCUGUGACUUCUCCUGCCAAACUGAGAGCAGUUGCAAAAUCAGGUGGCACAAUGUUAAACGGUGAAGGAGCUCCAGGAACUCAGGAUUUCUUGAAAACUAAAGAACUGGCAAAUGUUCAACAAGCCAUGUCUGAUGUAAAUCACAGUUAUGAAGAUUUGGGAAUUUUAUUGAAGGAAAAGAUUUCAGAACUGGAAAGUAUGCUUUCGAAAAUGCAGAAUAUUCAGGAAGAAUCAACCUCAGUGAUGCAGUGGUUGCAAAAAAUGGACAAAACUGCAUCAGAUUGGGAAGCUGCUCCAACUGAUAGUGAGGAGGUUAAAGCCCAAGUUGAGCAACAUAAGCUUUUUGAAACUGAAUUAAAGCAAAGUGCAAAUAAAGUGCAAGAACUGAAGGACAAAGUGACAGAGCUGUUGGAGAAGAACCCUGGCUCUUCUGAGGCACCCAAGUGGAGACAAAUGCUGGACAAAAUAGAUUCCAAAUGGAAAGAGCUCAAUCAAGUUACAUCUGAAAGACAACAAAAAUUAGAGGAGUCUUCAAAUUACCUGACCCAGUUCCAGACAGCAGAAGCUCAGCUAAAGCACUGGCUUGUAGAAAAGGAGCUAAUGGUCAGCGUUCUGGGACCGCUAUCCAUUGAUCCUAAUAUGCUGAAUACACAAAAGCAACAGGUUCAGAUUCUGCUCAAAGAGUUUGACACCAGAAAGCCACAGUAUGAGCAGUUAACUAUGGCUGGUGAAGGGAUUCUGAAGAGACCUGGCGAACAUCCACCUUCCCAUGAAAUUGUAAAAGAGCAAUUGGCAGCUGUGGCACAAAAAUGGGACAGUCUAACUGGCCAACUGAGGAACAGAUGUGACCGAAUUGACCAAGCUAUUGUGAAAAGCACAGAGUAUCAAAGUCUGCUCAGAAGUCUAUCUGAUAAACUAAGUGCCUUGGAUAGCAAACUAAGCAGCGGCCUGGCUGUGAAUACACAACCUGAUGCUGUGAAACAACAACUGGAAAUUGCUAGAGAAAUGAAAGAGGAAAUAGAACAUGAAAUGAAGAACAUAAAUGCUGCUCAAGCUCUUUGUGAAGAGCUGUCAACGCUGGUUGGAGAAGAGUAUUUGAAAGCAGAACUUACAAGACAGUUAGAUGGCAUCUUAAAGUCAUUUAAGGAUAUUGAGCAAAGAUCGGAUAACCAUGUUCAGCAGCUUCAGUCGGCAUAUGCCACUUCUCAUCAGUUCCAGCAAAUGUCUAAGGACUUUCAGGCCUGGCUAGGCAAAAAGAAAGAAGAGUUGAACCAGGCUUGUCCUGUAUCAGCCAAACUUGAUGCCUUGCAAUCACUAGUUGAAGAACAAAAGGAUUUUGAAAAGACUAUAACUGAUCAGAUAAGUUCAUAUGAAAAAAUUGUUGCAGAAGGAGAAAGUAUCUUACAGAAGACUCCAGGGGCUGACAAAGCAGCAUUACAGUCCCAAAUUGCCGCGAUCAGAAGUAACUGGGAUGAAAUCAAUAAGCAGGUAAAAGAAAGGCAAGAUAAAUUAUCAGAUUGUCUGGAGAAAGCCCUCAAAUACAAGCAGCAUGUAGAAAAUCUACAGCCAUGGAUAGAGAAGUGCCAAAGCAACCUGUGUGAAUUAAAAGUUGGCAUAAACCCUACUGAAAUAGAGAAUUCUAUUGUUCAGGUGAAGGCCUGGCAGAAGGACCUGGAUAAACACCAUGGGAUGGUGGAGCUGUUAAAUAAUACUGCUGAAAGUUUGCUUAGUGCAAGCCAAACAGAUAAAGAAAUUGUUCAAGAAGAAACUAAGAUGCUGAAUCAGAAAGUGAACGUGGUCACUGAACAAUUACAUAAGAAGAGAGAGUGCUUGGAAGCUAUGUCGCAAAGGCUGAAAGAGUUUCAGGAAUCAUGCAGGGAAACUGAAAAACAGCUUAAAAGUGCCAAAGAACAUCUGGAAGCUCAUGACUCACUUGGACCUCAGUCAUUCAGUAGCAAACACCUGUUGAUGAUGCAGGCCCAGCAGAAAGCCUUACAGGCUUUAAAGCCUCGUGUUGACUUAGCAAAAAAGCUUGCCCAAGACCUAGUAGUAGAAGCUUCAGAUUCAGCAGGUGUUUCUAACCUUUUGCUCCAAGCUGAAUCCUUGGAACAAGAAUACACUGCAGUGAACCAGCAGGUUGAAGACAGGUGCUCGUUCUUAGAGACAAAACUUCAGGGAAUUGGCCAUUUCCAAAACAGCAUCCGAGAGAUGUUCUCUCAGUUUGCAGAGUUUGAUGAUGAACUUGAUAGCAUGGCUCCAGUGGGGAGAGAUCUCAAGGUACUGCAGUCACAGAGAGAGGACAUAAAACAUUUCCUGAAAAAGCUGGAGGAUCUUAUAAUGAAUAAUGAAAAUGCUAAUAAAAGCUGUAAAAUUAUGCUAGCCACAGAAGCUGAAGCUUCUCCUGAUCUUGUUGGAAUAAAAAGAGACUUGGAAGCUUUAAAUAAACAGUGUAAGAAGCUACUAGACAGAGCAAAAGCCAGGGAAGACCAAGUGGAGGAUACUAUCAGGCGUGUUGAGGAGUUUUACAGUAAGCUAAAAGAAUUUUCCAGCCUGCUUGGGAGAGCUGAAGAACAUGAAGAGUCCCAAGGUCCUGUUGGAAUGGAAACAGACACUAUUAAUCAGCAGCUGAAUACAUUCAAGGUAUUCCAGAAAGAAGAAAUUGAACCCCUGCAAGUAAAACAACAGGAGGUAAAUUGGCUGGGUCAAGGCCUUAUUCAAAGUGCUGCUAAAAGUACCAACAUAGAAAACCUUGAACAUGACCUCGAAGAUGUCAACACCCGAUGGAAGACUCUUAAUAAGAAGGUUGCCCAGCGUGCUGCACAGUUGCAGGAAGCCCUUCUUCACUGUGGGAGAUUUCAGGAUGCCCUUGAAUCUCUGCUUAGCUGGCUCAUUGAUACAGAAGAUCUUGUGGCUAAUCAAAAACCACCAUCUGCUGAAUUCAAAGUUGUGAAGGCCCAAAUACAAGAGCAGAAACUUCUCCAGAGGUUGCUGGAUGACCGCAAGCCUACCGUUGAGGUAAUCAAGCGUGAAGGGGAGAAAAUUGCAGAGUCAGCAGAGCCUGCCGAUAGAGUGAAAAUCUUGACUCAGUUGAGUCUCCUGGAUAGUCGAUGGGAUGCAUUGCUCAGUAAAGCUGAAACCAGGAACCGUCAGUUGGAAGGCAUCUCGGUGGUGGCGCAGCAGUUCCAUGAAGCUCUGGAGCCACUGGUGGAGUGGCUGACUGCCACAGAGAAGAGGCUUGCGAAUGCAGAACCCAUUGGGACACAGGCCUCCAAACUGCAGCAGCAAAUUUCUCAGCACAAAGCCCUAGAAGAUGAUGUCGUAGCUCACAGUAAGAGUUUACAUCAUGCCAUUAGCAUUGGUCAGUCUCUAAAGACUAUGAGCUCCAGGGAAGAUAAAGAUAUGGUGCAGGAAAAACUAGAUUCUUCUCAGGCCCGAUACAUUGAGGUUCAAGAGAAGAGCAACAGCAGAUCUGAACUUCUCCAGCAAGCUUACAGCAAUGCCCAGAUUUUUGGGGAGGAUGAAGUUGAAUUGAUGAACUGGCUGAACGAAGUCCAUGAUAAACUGAGCAAAUUGUCAGUCCAAGACUGCAACACCGAAUUGCUUGAGAAACAGCACUCUGAACUACUGGAUCUUCAAGAGGAAAUUCUUCUUAGGAAACAAAAUGUUGAUUUGGCUAUACAAAAUGGCUUAGAGCUUCUCAAGCAAACAACAGGUGAUGAAGUUGUAAUAAUUCAAGAUAAACUGGAAGGCAUUAAAGCAAGGUACAAAGACAUUACCAAAUUGAGUUCUGAUGUAUCCAAGACCUUAGAGCAAGCUCUGCAGCUUGCAGGUCAGCUCUACUCAACUCACGAGAAACUCUGCAAAUGGCUUGAUGAAGUUGAGGUGGAGUUGCUCUCAUAUGAAACUCAAGUAGCAAAGGGCGAAGAACUGAGCCAAGUACAAGAAAGACAAAAAGAGCUGAAAAAAGAAGCAAAGAACAACAGAGGCUUAUUGGAUACUCUGAAUGAAGUUGGCAGUGCCUUCCUGGAGCUGGUGCCAUGGAGGGCCAGAGAGGGGCUUGAUAAAAUGUUAACGGAGGACAAUGAACGUUACAGAUUAGUGAGUGACACAAUCUCUCAGAAGGUGGAUGAGAUUGAUGCUGCCAUCCUGAGAUCCCAGCAGUUUGAUCAAGCAGCUGAUGCUGAAUUUGCCUGGAUCGCAGAAACAGAAAAGAAACUGAUGUCUCUGGGUGAUAUUAGACUUGAGCAAGACCAGACCACGGCUCAACUACAAGUUCAAAAGGCUUUUACCAUGGAGAUUUUGAGGCACAAAGAUACUAUAGAUGAACUUGUUAAAUCUGGGGAUAAAAUUAUGAAGACGUGUACUGAAGAGGAGAAGCAGACCAUGAAGAAAAAAAUGGAAAACCUCUUAAAGAAAUAUGAUGCAGUCUGUCAAAUGAACUCUGAGAGAAACCUCCAGCUGGAACGGGCCCAGUCCCUGGUUAACCAGUUCUGGGAGACUUAUGAAGAGCUUUGGCCGUGGUUAACUGAAACGGAAAUGAUCAUCUCUCAGCUACCUGCACCAGCCCUUGAAUACGAAACUUUAAAGCAACAACAAGAAGAGCAUAGGCAACUGCGUGAGCUGAUCGCUGAGCACAAGCCUCAUAUAGAUAAGAUGAACAAAACUGGGCCUCAGUUGCUGGAGUUGAGCCCAGGAGAAGGUUUUUCUAUCCAAGAGAAAUAUGUGGCUGCUGACACCCUUUACAGUAAAAUUAAGGAAGAUGUCAAACAGCGAGCACUGGCACUGGAUGAAGCCAUUUCUCAGUGUACCCAGUUUCAUGACAAGAUAGAUCCAACUCUUGAGAGUCUGAAACGCAUAGUUGAACGUUUGAGACAGCCACCUUCGAUCUCAGCAGAGGUUGAGAAGAUUAAAGAGCAAAUCAGUGAAAAUAAGAAUGUGUCAAUGGAUCUGGAAAAACUUCAGCCCGUGUAUGAGACGCUUAAACAGAGAGGCGAUGAAAUGAUUGCUCGCUCAGAAGGAGCUGAUAAGGAUAUAUCUGCUAAAGCUGUUCAAGAUAAACUAGACCAAAUGGUCCUCAUUUGGGAAGAAAUCCAGACCUUGACUGAGGAAAGAGAGGCCAAAUUGUUGGAUGUAAUGGAACUAGCUGAGAAGUUUUGGUGUGAUCAUAUGACUCUUGUAGCUACUAUUAAAGAUACUCAGGACUUCAUCCGAGAACUGGAGGGACCUGGAGUUGACCCAUCUGUAGUCAAGCAACAGCAAGAAGCUGCUGAGGCUGCUAAAGAAGAAAUUGAUGGACUACAAGAAGAGCUAGAAACAGUUGUAAGCCUUGGCUCUGAACUUAGAGCUGCAUGUGGAGAGCCUGACAAACCUAUUGUCAACAAGAGUAUAGAUGAGCUGAAUUCUGCCUGGGACGCCUUAAACAAAACAUGGAAAGAACGCGUGGAUAAGCUUGAUGAAGCUAUGCAGGCAGCUGUUCAAUAUCAAGAUGGACUGCAGGCAAUAUUUGACUGGGUAGACAUUGCUGGCAGCAAGUUAGCAUCUAUGUCCCCGGUGGGAACAGAUCUGGAAACAGUGAAGCAGCAAACAGAGGAACUUAAGCAAUUUAAGACAGAAGCUUAUCAGCAGCAGAUAGAAAUGGAAAGACUGAACCAUCAGGCAGAACUGUUGCUGAAGAAGGUAACAAAGGAGAGUGACAAGCACACUGUUCAAGACCCCCUCUCAGAGCUCAAACUCAUGUGGGACAGCCUAGAAGAAAAAAUUAUAAAUAGACAGCACAAGCUGGAAGGUGCCUUGUUAGCCUUGGGGCAGUUCCAGCAUGCCCUGGAUGAGUUACUGACAUGGCUGACGCAUACAGAAGACUUGCUGAAUGAACAGAAACCUGUGGGUGGAGACCCCAAGGCUAUUGAAAUUGAACUUGCCAAACAUCAUGUGCUACAAAAUGAUGUUUUAGCUCAUCAGUCUACAGUGGAAGCAGUUAAGAAAGCAGGAAAUGACCUGAUUGAAUCAAGUGCUGUUGAAGAAGCAAGUAAUUUACGGAGCAAGUUGGAACUUCUGAAUCAGCGCUGGCAAAACGUAUUGGAAAAAACAGAACAAAGGAAACAGCAGCUGGACAGUGCCUUGAUCCAGGCCCAAGGUUUCCAUGGUGAAGUUGAAGAUAUGCAGCAAUGGCUGACAGACACUGAACGUCAGCUGUUGGCAUCAAAACCUGUUGGAGGCUUACCAGAAACAGCAAGAGAGCAGCUAAAUACCCAUAUGGAACUUUGUGCUGCCUUUGAAGCCAAAGAAGAGACGUAUAAGUGUCUAAUGCAGAAAGGCCAGCAGAUGCUUGCAAGAUGCCCAGAGUCUGCUGAAACGAACGUUGAGCAGGACAUAAAUAACUUAAAAGAAAAAUGGGAGUCGGUGCAAACAAAGCUCAGUGAAAGAAAAACCAAGCUGGAAGAAGCCCUCAAUUUAGCAAUGGAGUUCCACAACUCACUUCAAGAUUUCAUCAAUUGGCUUACUCAGGCUGAGCAAACUCUAACUGCAGCUUCUCGGCCAAGUCUUAUCUUGGACACUGUCUUAUUUCAAAUUGAUGAACACAAGGUUUUUGCCACAGAAGUGAAUUCUCAUCGAGAUCAGAUCAUAGAGCUGGACAAAACUGGAACUCAUUUAAAAUAUUUCAGCCAGAAACAGGAUGUUGUCCUUAUUAAGAAUCUUCUGAUUAGUGUACAGAGUCGAUGGGAAAAAGUAGUUCAGCGCUUGGUUGAAAGGGGAAGAGCUUUGGAUGAUGCAAGGAAAAGAGCCAAACAGUUCCAUGAAGCCUGGCACAAACUUAUGGAAUGGCUGGAAGAGUCAGAGAAAUCUUUGGACUCAGAUCUUGAAAUUGCAAAUGACCCUGACAAAAUAAAGAUGCAGCUGGCACAGCAUAAGGAAUUCCAGAAAUCUCUUGGUGCCAAACAUUCUGUGUAUGAUACCACAAAUAGGACUGGACGCUCCUUGAAAGAGAAAACCACCUUGGCUGAUGACAAUUUGAAACUUGAUGAUAUGUUGAGUGAACUAAGGGAUAAGUGGGACACAAUUUGUGGAAAAUCAGUGGAAAGACAAAAUAAACUAGAAGAAGCCCUGUUAUUUUCAGGACAGUUUACUGAUGCUCUGCAAGCUCUCAUUGAUUGGUUAUACAAAAUUGAACCUCAGCUAGCAGAAGAUCAGCCAGUACAUGGAGACAUUGAUUUAGUGAUGAAUCUGAUCGACAAUCACAAGGUUUUCCAGAAGGAGCUGGGAAAGAGAACAAGCAGUGUCCAAGCUCUGAAGCGCUCUGCAAGGGAACUGAUAGAAGGCAGUCGUGAUGACUCUUCCUGGGUCAAAGUCCAAAUGCAGGAGCUAAGUACUCGCUGGGAGACAGUUUGUGCCCUGUCAGUAUCCAAGCAAACGCGACUGGAACAGGCUCUUCGACAGGCAGAAGAAUUCCACUCUGUUGUCCAUGUCCUUUUGGAGUGGCUGGCAGAGGCAGAGCAAGCUCUUCGUUUCCAUGGGGUCCUUCCAGAUGAUGAAGAGGCCUUGCGUACACUGAUAGACCAGCACAGGGAAUUUAUGAAAAAAUUGGAAGAGAAACAGGCAGAAUUGAAUAAGGCAACAGGUAUGGGAGAAGAUAUCCUAGCUAUCUGCCACCCAGACUCCAUCACCACUAUUAAGCACUGGAUAACAAUUAUCAGAGCCAGGUUUGAAGAGGUGUUAGCAUGGGCUAAACAACAUCAACAGAGACUGGCAGGAGCUCUGGCUGGACUUCUUGCUAACCAAGAAUUGCUGGAAGUCUUACUAUCCUGGUUGCAGUGGGCAGAGACUACACUUACUGAAAAAGAUAAAGAAGUUAUCCCCCAGGAGAUUGAGGCAGUUAAAGCACUUAUAGCUGAACAUCAGACAUUCAUGGAGGAAAUGACUAGAAAGCAACCUGAUGUAGAUAAAGUUACAAAGACCUAUAAAAGAAAGGCACUUGAACCUACUCCAGUACAAUCUCAUAUUCCUGUCCUUGAUAAGGGAAGAGCAGGAAGAAAGCGUUCCCCAACACCAGGCAUGUAUCUGUCAGCAGCACAGGCACAGAUCGAAACCAAGAAUCCACGGGUAAACCUUUUAGUCAGCAAAUGGCAACAGGUCUGGCUCCUGGCCUUGGAAAGAAGAAGAAAACUUAAUGAUGCUUUGGACAGACUUGAAGAGCUGAGGGAAUUUGCCAAUUUUGAUUUUGAUAUUUGGAGGAAAAAAUACAUGCGAUGGAUGAACCAUAAGAAGUCUCGUGUGAUGGACUUCUUUAGGAGGAUUGAUAAAGAUCAGGAUGGAAAGAUAACAAGGCAGGAAUUUAUCGAUGGAAUUCUCUCUUCAAAGUUCCCAACAAGCCGACUUGAAAUGAGUGCUGUUGCAGACAUUUUUGAUAGGGAUGGUGACGGAUAUAUUGACUAUUAUGAAUUUGUGGCAGCUCUUCAUCCAAACAAGGAUGCAUACAAGCCUCUCACUGAUGCUGACAAAAUUGAAGAUGAGGUUACAAGGCAGGUAGCUAAAUGUAAAUGUGCAAAACGGUUUCAAGUGGAACAGAUUGGGGAUAACAAGUACAGGUUCUUCCUGGGAAAUCAGUUUGGUGACUCUCAACAACUGCGCCUUGUUCGUAUCCUAAGAAGUACAGUCAUGGUUCGUGUUGGAGGUGGCUGGAUGGCACUUGAUGAGUUCUUAGUGAAAAAUGAUCCUUGCAGGGCUAAAGGGAGGACAAACGUGGAGCUACGUGAGAAGUUCAUUUUGGCAGAUGGAGCCAGUCAGAGCAUGGCAGCAUUCCGACCAAGGGGCCGUAGAUCACGACCCUCUUCAAGGGCUGCUUCCCCCAACAGAUCUGCUUCUCUGUCAAGUCAGGCUGGCCAGGCAGCUGCCCCACAAGCUGUUGCUACAAGUACGCCAAAGACACCCCAUCAUUUAACACGCAACUAUGGUAAACCAUGGUUGACAAACAGCAAAACAUCAACUCCUAAGCCACCAGACUUCUCAGACUGUCAAGGGUCAUCUGCAGAGGGAACACCAAUUCAAGGAACUAAACUCAGACUGCCAGGAUAUUUAUCAGGGAAGAGUUUCCGUUCUGGAGAAGACAGUGGCAUACUGUCGACAGCAGCUACCAGAGUUAGAGCUCAGUUUGCAGAAACGAGAAGAACUCCAAGCAGACCCGGAAGCCGAGCAGGAAGCAAGGCUGGCAGCAGGUCAAGUAGCCGCCGAGGCAGUGAUGCAUCUGACUUUGACAUUUCAGAGAUCCAGUCUGUAUGCUCAGAUAUGUCGGAAAUUGUUCCUGCUACAAGCAAACCGAAACCCCGAGCAGAUCCUUCGCCGGCAACAGCCAAGCCUUCUAAAAUUCCAACUCCUGAGAGGAGGCCACUAGCCAGCAAAUUGGACAAGUCCUUGAAGAGAUAAUAUGAUUGGCUCCGUGAAGGUCUUUUCCUUUUGCAUUAAGUAUUUAAGUUCAUAAGAUGUAAAAUAUUAUGUAGAAAUUACUGUGAAAUAUCGCAAGAGGUGGAUUUUUAAUUCUGCAGAUGGCCUUAUUUGUGUAUUUGUCUUCUUAUUUUAUGUGUAUAAUUUUUGUCAGAUUUGUUUUUGUUUAUGCCAUAUCCUGUGAGAAGGGGGAAGAGUUUUAAUGUAAACUAAGUUGUACACAGUAACGUGUAGAAAGUACACUAAAAAUAAUUGCCGAAUGUACAGUGUACUGAAUGUACAGUAAGUCUCUGCAACCUCAAUAAGAUAGGCCUAUCACUCUGGCAUUAGUUAACAGUAAAGGAUACCUCAUGAUUUUUCUUUAAAAAAAGAAAAAGAGACAACUAAAAAGCCAAAAGACACAGUUACAUGUUUCGAGCUAACUAAACAAACACUAAAGGAUGUACAUUGAAACUACUAAGGGAUACAAACCCACAUUCACAGUACCUUUAUUUAUACAGCAUCCCUCGGAGAACUCACAGAGUUCAUUAAGCACCCGGCAGUAAUAGGAUACUCCAGUACCUUGCAGCAUUUCUGUGCCAUUGCUUUCAGUGAGGCCAGACACAUUCUGGAUACCUGAACUACUAUUCUGUAAGGAUAUCAAUAUAAAGUGCAUUCAUGUAAAUGUGAGGUUUUCUUUUGCUUGAGUGGAUGGUAGCACUGUAUCAUUGAACUCAUUUUGUAUCAAAGCAAUUUUGCUUGCAGAAAGCUCCGAAAUAAGCAUGUCCCUUAACUUUAUUUCUAUUGUAUUUCUUAUUUCACAGGAAGGUAAUUUUCUGCGGUAUGUUUUAGGGCAUAUAUAAUUUCAGAUGACCAAUAAUUACCAUAGGAACAUAGGCUUUAAUGUAAUUUCCCAUUAUCAGCAAUCAGAUUUUGGUUAGCUACUGUAUUUGUUUAAUAAAACACUAAAUUGCACAAAUCGGA